CAACAAGGACGCGUCUGUACGCGGCCACGUCAUGUAAACCAAACGGGGAAGGAGUGCGUACACCAUAGUAACGUUAACUGAACCAAAAUAGAAGAAGACUGAAGCAGCAUUUCUGCCUUGUGUUCACAGACUCGUUUUCCUAACCCGCAUCGGCGGAGAACCCACAGAGAAUCUCCAGGCUUUCUAAUCAUAUGGCAAGAUGUCAGAUAUCGGGGACUGGUUUAAAAACAUCCCUUUCAUCACUCGUUACUGGUUUGCUGGCUCAAUUGCAGUGCCGCUAAUAGGAAAACUGGGAUUAAUCAGUCCUAUGUACCUUGUGUUAUGGCCGGAGGCUUUCUUUCAUAAAUUCCAGAUAUGGAGACCGAUAUCUGCAACGUUCUAUUUCCCAGUUGGCCCAGGGACGGGUUUUCUAUACCUGGUUAAUUUGUAUUUCCUCUACCAGUACUCCACGAGGCUUGAAACAGGAGCUUUUGAUGGAAGACCAGCAGACUACAUGUUCAUGCUUCUGUUCAACUGGAUUUGUAUUGUUAUAACAGGUCUAAUGAUGGACAUGCAGCUCCUGAUGAUCCCCUUGAUCAUGUCUGUUCUGUACGUCUGGGCUCAGCUAAAUCGUGACAUGAUUGUAUCUUUCUGGUUCGGCACCAGAUUCAAGGCUUGUUAUCUUCCUUGGGUCAUUCUGGGAUUCAACUAUAUCAUCGGUGGCUCCAUUGUCAACGAGCUGAUUGGGAACUUAGUUGGCCACCUUUACUUCUUUCUGAUGUUUAAAUACCCCAUGGACCUGGGUGGCAGGUCCUUCCUCUCCACCCCACAGUUCCUGUACCAGAUGUUCCCAAAUCGACGAGGUGGGGUGUCUGGAUUCGGCGUUCCUCCAAGCAGGAGACCUGUGCCCCAAGAGCAGCCAGGAGGUGGAGGUGGGCGCCAUAACUGGGGUCAAGGCUUUCGGCUGGGGGAUGACUGAAGCCUUUGACUCUUGCAUCAAUGGAUAAAUUCAGAAACUUCUAACAUCAAUGCUGCAGAAUAUGGAUUUUAUGUAUUGGGUUUGUUGCAUUUCUUCUGACCCACAAGGAAAAGUGACGGGGCUCCUUUCCAGCGUUACGUAUUUUCCUAUUACUCUCAAUGUCAUAUCACACUGUUAUUGAGUUUCACAGUGUGUACAGAAACUCUGCAAAAAAUAUGUGCAGUAGCAGAGUUGCCGUAAUUGUAGAAAAUUCAGGGAACUUUGAUGGUGUUUCCCAUAAUAUGACUGCAUCUUUCAGUGUAUUCAUGUUACUUGCUCACAGUCAAAUGUAGCUGAUUAAUUUCGCCAUGAAAUGUUCAUUGUAGAUUGUUAGCAUGGUUGUUUGGGAAUGGUCAUGGACUUUAAAUCUAGAAAGGUUUUUUUCUUUAUCACCUCAUUUGUCUAAAUUAGGUUAAAUUUAUUGUAAUUUUUCUUAUUAAUUAACUGAAUUAACAAUCAUAACAUGCACAUGAAAGUGCUUUUAUACAUGUAUGGAUAUUUCCAUCUGUUUGUUUUAUAGGUUUAUAUGCCUUGAGUAAAGUUUAUCAAUCAAACCAUUUACAGUAAAACUGCCAUGAACUUUUCACACAUUACUGAUGAUUAAACUUAACAUUUAUCUUGUGAUACAUACUCAUGAUAUCUAAAAAUUUUCUGACAGGAACAGAUAAAGUUUUAUAAUUAUUUGUACACUGGAAGUUAUAUUUAUCACUUUCAGUGCUAUCAUUUUUUAUUUAGUAUGCACUAAAU